AUGGCCGAAGCCGAUGCGCAUCAUUGUCAAGAGGCCAUCGCUGCUGCUUUUCACAAGUUCGAUCUCAACGGCGAUGGGAAGAUCAGCGAGGCCGAACUCAAAGCCGUGCUGCAGAUACUGGACCCUUCCUUCAGCCCGGCCGACCUAGACUCCAUCUUCUCAGACGCCGACCUGAGCAAGGCGCGCCUCUUCGCGGCGUUUUUUUUCCAUUGGCCCAGGGGUUGA